CAAUCUUCUCGCGUAGAAAAAGAACAUCAUUCAGCAAACACUGAUUUUGAUCGCAACUACACCAUCUUGCAUACACAAAAGUCAAGGACCGAUAACAUCAACCAUGGCUGUCAGCACGCCCAAUCCUGAGCACCUUCAUGGUCUGGUCGAUAUGGGAAGCAACGGUAUCCGCUUCUCAAUAACCGACCUCUCACCACCGACUACCAGAAUCCUACCCACCCUCUACACCUCCCGCGCGGGGAUAUCCCUCUACGAUGCUCAAUACUCCACCUCAGGCGACCGCAUCGCCAUCCCCGAAAAGACCAUCGCAAAAGUGAUCGACAAAUUAACUCACUUCAAACGCACCUGUGCCGAUUUCCGCGUCCCGGAAUCCAACAUCACAAUUUUGGCUACGGAAGCCACCAGGACUGCUGUCAACAGUGCAGAAUUCAGAAGCGCGAUCAAAUCGGCAACGGAUUGGGAAGUGCAGCUUUUGGCCAAGGAGGAUGAAGGUAGGGUUGGUGCGUUGGGUGUUGCUACUUCUUUGGGAGAGGUCAAGGGAUUGGUUAUGGAUUUGGGAGGGGGUAGUACGCAGUUGACUUGGUUGGUCAGUGACUCCCACACUGGUGAGAUUAAGAUGCCGAGAGAGGGAGCGGUUAGUAUGCCUUUCGGCGCUGCAGCAUUGAGUAGACGGUUGGAAGAGGCCGAGAAGCAAGGAAAGGGUGCGAAAAAGGCCUUGGCUGAGGAAGUCAAGCAGAGGAUCACAGAAGCCUUCAAGAGUCUGGAUGUCCCUCAUGAACUCACAGAGAUGGCGAAAAAGGAAGUUGGAUAUGCGCUGUACCUUUCUGGAGGAGGUUUCAGAGGUUGGGGCUUCGUGCUCAUGAGCCAGCACAAAGUAAACCCCUACCCGAUCCCCGUCAUCAAUGGAUUCCGCGCCGCACGCUCCGAGUUCUUGGAUACUACUGCAGUCCAAGCGGCAGCCAUGGACGUCGACUCGGAUGAAGAUUCCGCAAUCUUCAGAGUCUCCCAACGCAGAGCCAAUCAAGUUCCCGCCGUCGCUUUUCUGGUAACCGCACUUUCGGAAGCCCUUCCUCAUAUCAAAGAAGUUCGUUUCUGUCAAGGCGGCGUCAGAGAAGGCUAUCUGUUUUCCAAACUGCCAUUAGGGAUACGAAAGCAAUCGCCAGUGGUUGUUGCAACAGCAUCACUGGCAUCGCCAGGAUCCCCUCAUUACGCAGACCUCCUUCUCAACGCUAUUCCCAAGCCCAACACCACUGCAUCAGCAUCAGCAUCAGCACCUGCACUUUCACCUCCCAUCAUCACGGCUUUCGCCAAUCUCUCUGGCCACUUUUCUUCCCAUCCAAAGGACAUACGCGCCGCUGCGGCUUUACGCAGCACAACCACCGGUAUCCUCGCUUCCGCACACGGACUCUCCCACUCCGAACGAUGUACCCUCGCCCUUUUACUCUGUGAACGCUGGGGUGGAUUAAAAGACUUGCCUCCCACAGAUAUCGCCUUUUUCCAUUCCAUGCAAUCGCUCGCCGGUGCCGAGCAAGCAUGGUGGGCCAGAUACUUGGGCCGCGUGGGUGCGUUGGUGGGAGCUGUGUAUCCAUCCGGUAGAGGUAAAAAAGCAAUGUCGCUUUCGUCAACAUUUUCGGUGUCGAAGAAGGGAGAUAGAGUUUUGGUGUUGAGGACGGGAGAUCAAGAGGGAAAGAGUUUGAGAGGUAUUGUGGAGGAGGAAGUUGAAAAGGUCGAAAAGGCCGGAAAGAAGAAGAAUUGGAUUGGUGGAAAAGAGGGGUGGGGUAUCAAGGUGGAAGUGCAAUGAGUUUGGUUGAAAUCGAACUGAAGCCUUUGAGACUCUUGAAACAAGGGAAAAACCAUCACGAGAGUUAUGAAGGAUAAGAGAAUAAAGUCAUCGUUAGAUGGAGGGAAGAAACCACACAAAUCCACACCCAUGGAAUUUUAUAUCGCCUGCCUCCUUUCUUCCAACCGCCAUAUGUAUACUUGCACACAACCAAGAGAACUCCAAGCAGUAAGACGAC